AUGACCCGAGUCAUCAAGAGGCGGACAUUUCACCGACUGAGCCACCCAGUUUGCGGAGGCGUGGCUAAACGCACCUAGAAGGUCGGGAGCCUCGGUAAAUAGGGGACCCGUCAGGGUGCCUCCCACAGGAAAAUGGCGAGAGAGGUUGAAAUAAGCCAGCCCACUGAGUACACUUGCUCCUUCUGUGGCACCACCAAGAUGGAAGACGAGCUGUGGGGAUCUGGCUGUGGUUCCUGCAUGAGAUCGGCGGCCCGGGGCUCCUGGCCCUACAACACUGCGUGUUCCCUUACCGUAAAGUCAGCCAUCAGACUGAAGGACUUGAAAGACCAGUAGAAACUCCGCCAUU